AGAUUUUUUUUUCACCCUCCCCAGUUUAGCCGAGACAUGUUUGCUUUCGAGACCGGUGCUUCCUUAUGAUUACUUAAAGAAGAGAGGGGGAAGAAUGAAAAUGCUCCGCUUUCGCAGUUCAAGCAUCAAGUCGUUAAGUCAAGAGAUCAAAUGUACAAUCAGGCUCCUGGAUGACACUGAGCUACCUUGCAUUAUCCAGAGGGACGCCAAAGGUCAGUUCCUCAUUGAUUUUGUCUGCAACCACUUCAGCUUGUUGGAGAAGGAUUACUUCGGCAUUAGAUAUGUUGAUCCAGAGAAGCAAAGGCAUUGGCUGGAAUCCAACAAGUCAGUUGUGAAACAAAUGAAAUCUCAGCCUCCAUAUACCAUGUGCUUCAGAGUGAAAUUUUAUCCUGCAGAACCAAUGAAGGUCAAGGAAGAGCUCACCAGGUACUUACUGUAUCUUCAAAUUAAAAGGGAUAUAUUUCAUGGACGGCUGCUUUGCUCUUUAUCAGAUGCUGCCUCUUUGGGUGCUUAUACUCUACAAGCUGAACUUGGUGAUUAUGAGCCAGAUGAGCACCCAGAUGGUUACGUUAGUGAAAUCAAAUUGUUUCCUAAACAAACACAGAAGCUGGAAAGAAAGAUGGCAGAGAUUCAUAAAAAUGAACUAAGAGGGCAGAGUGCAGCUGUUGCUGAAAUGAACCUUCUGAAAAAAGCUCACACAUUAGAAACCUAUGGUGUCGAUCCACAUCCGUGCAAGCCAGUGUUUUCGUGCAAACAGGCCGCCGUAACUUCUCCAGAAGUGCGGCGGAGAGGGAGCAGCUCCGAGGAAAUCCCCAGCCAGUGUUUCCAGCAUUCUGAUUCUUCAGGAGCUACAGCUUUCAUAGGUUUCACUGCCACAGGUUUUGUCGUGUUCCAAGGGAAUAAACGGAUCCACCUCCUAAAAUGGUCUGAUGUCAGCAAAUUGAAGUUCAGUGGGAAGACAUUCUAUGUUCAUGGUCUUCAGAAAGAAAAGAAGAUUGUGCUGACAUACCAUACCUCAACACCAGAUGCUUGCAAACAUCUUUGGAAGUGUGGUGUGGAGAAUCAAGCAUUUUACAAGUAUGCAAAAUCCAGUCAAAUUAAGACAGUCUCCAGCAGCAAUAUCUUUUUCAAAGGCAGAAAAUUUCGCUUCAGUGGAAGAGUUGCCAAAGAAGUAAUAGAAGCGAGCACAAAAAUUCAGCGCACCCCUCCUGAAUUUCACAGAUCCACACUUGGUCAGAGUCGCAGUUACAAUUCUCUAUCCAAACAGUUGAUAACAAAUGUGGAAACGGCGGAAUCAUGCCUCCCAUCCCCUGAUGAAUCUGAGGAGCACUCCACUAUGGAUGGUGGAGAGCUGUUGAAAUUAACUGAUCAAUCAGUGCGGAGUGAGGAAGAGUUGAAAGAGCCACAUAAUGAGUCUGGAGAAGUGGCAGAAACCAAAUGUGAAAAUGAAGAGGAAAUGAGCGAAGACUGUCUCACCAUUUCUGAGUUAGUAUAUAAUCCAAGUGCCAGUGUCCUGCCUACUCCUGUGGAAGAUGGUGGGAUAGAUUUGUUUUUUAAUAGUCACUCAGUGGGGAACCAGAAGGAUGAUGGAAGCUCAUUUAAUGAGUUAGAUACCCCUGAAGACACACUCCUGAUUACAGAAGUGGAGGAGCUGAAGGAAGUGAACUGGGUAUUUGUUAGGAGUUUUGAACUGAUGACAAGCAACAGACAUCUGAAUAUACUGGCAAAGAGCUUUGUGAAACUGCUUGUGGUGGGCCUGGGUUUGAUGCUGUUUGCUUUCCCACUUCUUUUGGUCCUGUUGGAAUCUGACGUAGAUGCUUCUUUCCUGAGAGAAAUCCGGCAGACACCCGAAUUUGAGCAGUUUCACAAUGAAUACUACUGUCCGCUUAGACAGUGGCUGACUUAUAAAAUACAAUACAUCCUUGACAAGCUAAGCAGCUCGUGA